AUUUACACAAUAUUAUGCAAAUAAUUCGUAAUCAGUUUUAUUAAUUUUAGUCAAGUGCAGAGAAGUGUUGCGGCUAUUCCUAUGAUUCAAUGACAAAAAGUAAAUAUAUCAUAUGAAUUAUACAUUGAAAACACUAAAUAAUAAUACACAAAAAAAUCCAAAAAACCAAAUAAUAUUGGAAAUUAAUUGGAAAACCAAUUUGAAAAAUUGAAUUUCCACAACGCCGCACAAAAAAAGUCGUGUCAAACCGCAGUUGAACUUAAUUAAAUUUUACAUACGCCCAAAUAAAGUGCAAUAUAAAUUAGCGAGCGGCAAUGAUUUUGACACGCCGCACAACACCCCUGAACCCGCCUGGGCAGAAGCAGCGCCUUUGGCGUAGUGGGAUUACACCAUUUGUAGCUGUCGUCGUUGUGUUGAUGGUUGUGCUGAUGUUAGGCAAUGCAAUUGCAAUUCUGAUGAAAUACAGAACCAACAACAACAACAACGCAGAUGCAAGCGCUUUAAAUUUAGUUAAUGGGACUAGCAGCAAUACACUCAACAGUCAGUUAGCCGGUACCGUUGAAAUUGCGAUGUUUACGAGCAAAUUUGCAACAACAAUUAACGCGAAUGAGGAGAUGAACAACAAAAACAACAGCCUCAACAACAGCUACAACAUCUUCAGCCAUAAACAACAACAACUUUAUGAAAUUAACGCCGCAACUAAGCAUUCUGUCGACACCAUUGCCACACUUCGUCAGAAUAAUAAUAAUAGCAAUUUGCUGGAUACUCUUCCCGUCACUCAUCGUAAAAGCGUUGAUGAUGAAAUUAAUAUGCGCAAUCAACACUAUGAAUUGAAGGUCCACCCAACAGCAGAUGAGCAAACCAAAACGCCGGUGGCAGCGAGUGUGUCUCUAACGGCGAUGACCAGUCUAACAGCAGCGCGGCGUGAGGAAGGCGCGGGUGGCGAGUACACACCUUCGCAACAACAGGAAAAACAACAAGACCGUGAAAAUCACGCAAAUACCGAAUUACUGUUACAUCGACAAAAGCGUUACUUGAUCUUUCCCGAAGGCAGCUCUUUUCAGAUGGUUUUUGAUCUCAUCAUCGGAAUGGUUGACUAUACGAGUUAUCUCAUUUUGGGAAUAACUUGCGCCGUCGCUUGGGAACUACCAAGUAAACCGCCCAGUGAAUUAAUCGAAGAUUUACAUGAAAAAGUAACGGAAGGCAUUUACGCACCAAGUGUAACGAAACCAGCAACAGAGGCCACGGCGAUGCGACGCAAUGACAGCACCGUGGUCGACGAUGGCAAUGACAGACAGUAUGGCGUGGACGCUGCGGGCAUUAAAUAUGUGGAUAAUUCAAAUAGGGCACCGUACUACGAAAAUUUGAAGUCGUGGCCAAUAGGCAUAGUAGGAUUGCCACAACCACCACAAACGCACCGGUUGCCACUUUUUAAUGCCUUCGAAACAGCAAAUCAACACAAUAUUUUACCCGCUACCAGUUACAGUGGCUAUCAUAAAGAGACACCUGACGCCCAUAGUGGCAUAGCCAACGGUGCUUAUAGGCCGAUAAACUAUUACGCCAACAUACAAAGUGACUACAAAAACAGCAACAACAACAACCAGCAUAACAAUCCUACGCACAAAUACGGUUUUGCUGAUAAAAAUAUGAAGUCAAGUUACUAUGAUGUCAGCGACAGCUACAACAAAAACCCCUUUGGCAAUACAGCUCAUGGUGAUUCAACAGAUAAACUUCCAGUGAAUUUUCCCAAUCGGUGGCAGCAACACCAGCAGCCACAGUACAAAAAGUGGCAAUCAUGGCAGGAUUAUGACAGCAACUGGCAGUCAUAUCAGCAGCCACAGCAAAAGCAUACGAAAUGGGCACAACAGCAACAACAACAAUGGCAACAGCAGCAGCAAAAAUGGUCAACUCAGUCGAAAAAUGGGCUGAAAGACAGUUGGUGGACGCGCAACAAGCAACAAGUCACGGACAGUUGGCGCACAAAGCAAGCUGAUGGCUUGGCUAACCGUUUGCGCAUACCCGCUGCUACAAUGGAAACUCGUCCCCCUGUGCUGACCUACGCAUCGGCUGGUACCGAUCCAAAACAAUCGGAAGCUACAAUCAGCUCGAACGCCGAAACAGUGGAAGGUCGCAGCUUUGAUGGAGCUCAACGCCGCCUCCUCACAACACACCCGAAAGCCAGAGUUUAUCCAGUUUUCGGACGCCGACGUCGUAGGCGGCGCAACGUGGAUGCAGAAUUGGAUGACUUCGAGCAUAAGCUGGAGCGCAUACACUUGCGUGAGCAACUGCGUACACGGCAAAAGCUUUAUGGCAAAAUUGAGAAACUCUAUGAAACCCGCGGCAUGAACGGCAGCGCUUGUGUGUUGCGUGCGCUUUGCGAAACUGGACAGCAGCAACAAAGCCAUGAAGAGGAUACAACCGCACCACAAAGUUUCAUCACGGAACUAUUGCGCGCCAUUUUCGUGUUGCCUACAACUGGUGCAAGUGUAGAAGUUGAUGCCAGCAAUAUGAACUUCGAAGAGCCCGCCCUACACCCAACCGAUUUACACAUCAUUGAUCGCCCAUACAGGGAGGCGCAAGCGCAUCGCGGCAGCUGUUCGCAACUUUUUGCCAUGUGUGAGCACAGCAUCUGGGAGUGAAGUGGCAGCAUAAUAAAUGAUGAACAACAAAUAUGAAGAUUUGAAAUACAAAAAUAAAAAAAUAAUACCAAACUGUCAAA